UAGACACAUUCAUUAAAGUGUUCAUCAUCAUAAAGCAAUUAAUUUUUCGCCAUCAUUUAUGGCUUCCUUUUGGUCAUUCUCGGCAAUAUUCAUGGCCUUAAUGGCAUGCAAUUGUUCAUUGGCCUUGGCUUCUCUACAAAGCAUGCAUGUUUCCACCAUCUCAGCAGCACCAACCAUGUUACCAGAUGCCCCUUUGUUCUCUCCUACCAUGUCACCAGAUAUUCAGCCAUUGUUUCCUACCCCAGGUGGAGCUGCUUACUCUCCAUCAGAGUCUUCAUUACCAACCAUUCCUUCAAGCCCGAGCCCUCCCAACCCUGAAGUACUAGGUAAUCCAGGGUCUGUUUUGGCUUUUCCACCAUCAGAGUCUAUGCCAGUUUCUGCCCCUUUUUCUCAGGGUGCAUCUUUGCCACUGUGUUCAAUUUUUCAUCUGGCCAUGCUGGUAAUUUGCAUAGUACAGCUUCAUGGCAUGUGAGUAGAUGUUCAUGUUGGUGUUUCUGCUUAUGUCUCAAAAGCAUGUUUUCUCAGCAUUAAAUGUUUAGUAUAUGUAGUGAGUGCACAGCAAGGCAUUGUUGACUGUUGUUGAGUGCUGGUUGUAUAAUGUUUCAAAUGUUUAAGACUAGUAAACAUAAAUGUCCGUUAUUAUGGUUAAUUUAAAUGUAGAAAUAACAA